AUGACAACAGGACAAUCCAAACAGGGGAGAAGACUCCCAGAUAAUGUCGUCCAAGCCUGUGAAGAUAGGUUCGAGGAAUUUACAAACACUCCUGGCAAAACAGGCGCGGCUAGGCGAAAACGCAGAAAAGAAAUUCCUCAGGAAAUUGUAGUUUCCUUGGAAGGGAAUUGGCAGCAAAUGAAAGAUGGCAAAGAGUUAUCCAACAAGGAAAAGGUGGGCCGCAUAAGAGCAAAACUGAACGCAAUGGAAAGCGGAAUGCAAAGCGGAACCGCAAAAGGUACGGUGACGGCCAUGUUGAAAGAAGAAUUUGGUGAGCAGCUGGCGCAACUUGUUCUUUCCAUGAUGGACUCGUUCGGCCAACAACCACCACCACCACUAUGGUCAGGGGGGGUACGCACAGUCGUUUUGACAUUGAACGCGCAAGAGCAGGCGGCUGUUGGGGCGGCAAUGGAGUCCCUGGGGCGACGCCGAGCCGAAGAGAGUUUAAAGGCGGAAAGGGAAUCCAUUCGACAGCAACUUAAGGAUUUGAAACGUCCCCCAGAAGAUGCCGCCUCGGCUCAUCAAGAUGUUGUAGGUAAAUCUGAAGAAGCAGGGGUUAAUUUUGCAGCCGUCGCCUCGGUCCACAAUCAAUAUUUGGAAUUGCCAAAUAUAAACGAGAUGCUGCCGUUGCUGCCUCAAAAAACGAGGGAUCAAGCAUCGAAACGUCUGAAACCCAAUCCUCCAGCAGAUAAAGCCGUGGGUAUAUCUGACGAUGGGGAGAAGGAUGAAUUGGAUCCCCCAGUAGAGAGAACCAUGCUUAAACCUGAAGAAGUGGAGAAGGAUGGAUUGGAAACUAUGCAGAAUUCUCAAUCAGGUCUCCCGAUUAGUGCUCGUCCAAUGUCUCCAGAAACUCGAAGAGGGUCAGAUCAAUUAUUGCAACUUCGGAGACCAAAUUUCCUAGGGAGAACCUUGGGCAAAGCUGCCGACGAAGUGGAGAAGGAUGGAUUUGAUGUUGUAGGUAAAUCUGAAGAAGGAGCGGUUAAUAUUGCAGCCGUCGCCUCGGUCCACAAUCAAGUAGAAACGUGGGAUCAAGCAUUGAAACGCCUGAAGCCCAAUCCCAAUCCCCCAGCAGGAAGAGCCCUGGGUUCAGAAGUGGAUAUGGAUGAAAAAAUGGAUAUGGGUGAAAUAGAUUAUCGUAGAAUAUUUGAUGAACCAGACGAAGAACAGAAGGACAUAAAAUUGCAGCUUCAAGCACUGAAAUGUGCGAAAGAAUCCAAUGGUCGAGCAAUGAUUCAAUCAGGUCUCUGGAUGGACCCUCGUCCAAUGUCUCCAGAAACUCGAAGAGGGUCGGAUCACUUGUUGCAACUUCGAAAACUCAAUUUCAAAGAAAGGAUCGUGAAUGCACCUAAAAAAAAAAAUGAGGAGCAUAUGCCCACACUACGCUUGCCUCGGGGAGAUAGUUUUGAAGCUCUCACCAUUGACCCUCGUUCAAUGUCUCCAGAAUUAGAGAUUUGUGAAAAAAAUUGGAUCGAGUUACAAACGUCUGAAACCCAACCCUUCAGCAGAGAGAGCAAUGUACUGCUGAAAAAUUAUGUAGUACUGCGGAAUUCCCUUGAAACUGCCAUUCCUGUAAUGUGUCCAGAAGCAUGGGAUCAAGCAUGGAAAUUGGCUUGCGCCAAACGUCGUCUCCAGAGACGCGAAAAGAUGCGAGAUCGAAAUUCGUUCAAGUCUUUCUCAGACGAACUUGGAUAA